AUGCACCCCUACCAGGACGACACCCUCCUCCAAGCUUCCUUCGAGACCGCCUCCGGCGUCCACUGGCAGCGUCUGCCCCCCAACGAGCACUCGGUGGAGAAUAUCCCUCCCCGAAACGAAAACGAACCCUUACUGAGUCUUCCUCAGGGCCCCCAACGGGGGGCCCUACCUCGGCUGUUUUUUUCUGAGGACCCCCAGGUGCACAGCACCUGGAUCAGUGGACGCUCGUCCAUCCCAGAUUAUUUAGCCCGCGACGGCCAGCCUCUACAGCAGGACUCUCCAGUCCUCCCCGACCACGUCCGGUCCCCGUAUCCCGACUACGUCGAACCCCCUUACCUCGCCCACGUCGGGCCCCCUUACCCUGCCCACUUCGAACCCCCUUACUCCGCCCAUCUUGGUACAAACUACCGCGGCAUCAACGCGGCCUUCCCUCCGCCCAUGCUCCCCUCCGUUCCAUUCAACCCCCCUCCGAUGGUCACCUCUGACCAUCCCCCAGGCCUCGAUUUCUUCGGGCAAUACGCCCCCGCCACCCCCAUGGUGCCAAUUCCCCAGAUGGGGAAUUACAACCCAUACAUAGUGAGUGGAGGAUCCCACCGCCUUGCUCACAUCUGA